CUCGGCCCGGGAGGAAGUUCUGCCGGGCGCUCUCGGCUGGUGCCUCCCUCGCUGUAUUGUUGAACAGGAAACCGGGCUGCGCGGGAGCUGGGCGGUGGAGGAGGGAGCGCCGGCCGCCGAAACCACGCGUGCCUGCCGGGACAAGUGGAGGCGAAGCCAGUGAUCGGACGCCCCGAGCUCCUGCUCACGGAGGUCUCUCCUGCUUAGCCCUUGGAAGCCCCGCCCAAGGAGAUGGCAGGGGCCUAAUCUGCAUCCAUCCGCUGACUCGGCCGGUCCUGCCCAUGGGCCCGCAGAGACCUGCCCUGCCAACGGAAACGCCAGGGCCGCGAUGGCGGCGGACGUCGAGGGGGACGUGUACGUGCUGGUGGAGCAUCCCUUCGAGUACACGGGCAAGGACGGGCGCCGCGUCGCCAUCCAGCCCAAUGAGCGCUACCGGCUGCUGCGCCGAAGCACGGAGCACUGGUGGCACGUUCGGCGCGAGCCCGGCGGCCGCCCCUUCUACCUGCCCGCGCAGUAUGUGCGCGAGCUGCCGGCUCUCGGGGACCUGGCCACCACCUCCACGCCGCCCGCGCUCCGCCCGGGCCCCGCGGCCCCGGAACCGCUAGCCUACGACUACCGCUUCGUGAGCGCGCCGGCGUCCGCGGGCCCCGACGGCACGCUCGCCGAGCCCCGGGGCCGCGUGGGCUCCCUGUGCGGCCCUGCGCGCCGCGGCGCCGCGACCCAGCGCGGCAGCCUGGCGCCGGGCCUGCCCACCUGCUUAUACACGCGGCCCGCGGCGCCCGUGCGGCCCGCGCAGUCCCUGGACGACCUGGCGCGCGCCGCCGUCGCGCCCCCUGCCGGCCUCCUCGGGAGCGCGGGCAGCUUCAAGGCCUGCAGCGUGGCGGGCUCGUGGGUGUGCCCGCGACCCCUGGCGCGCAGCGACUCCGAGAACGUCUACGAGGCCAUCCAGGACGUGCGCGGCCCGCCGCGGGAGGAGCGCCCGCAGCAGGUGGACGACUCCUCGGAGCCCGUGUACGCGAACGUAGAGAGGCAGCCGUCGGCCCCUUCGCCCGGCGCUACCGCGGCCCCCCGCCGCGAGUCGUGGGAGACGCACACCGACGCGGGCACCGGGCGUCCCUACUACUACAACCCGGACACAGGCGUGACCACCUGGGAGUCGCCCUUCGAGGCUGCUGAGGGCGCCUCCAGCCCGGCCACCUCCCCAACCUCGGUGGGCAGCCGCGAGAGCCUCGAGACCGACUGGGGCCAAUAUUGGGAUGAGGAGAGCCGCAGGGUGUUCUUCUACAACCCGCUGACGGGCGAGGCCGUCUGGGAGGACGAGCCGGACGACGAGCCCGAGGACGACCUGGAGAUGCAGCCAGGCCUGAGCCCGCUCAGCCCCAGGGACCAGCGGCCCCCUACCCCUGAGACGGACUACCCCGAGUCGCUGACCAGUUACCCCGAGGAGGACUAUUCCCCCGUGGGCUCUUUCAGCGAGCCUCGGUCCGUCUCUCCCUUGGCCACGCCCCCCGGCUGGUCUUGCCACGUGAACUCCGAGGGGCAGACGCUCUACACCAACCAGUUCACCCAGGAGCAGUGGGUGAGGUUGGAGGACGAACACGGGAAGCCCUACUUCUACAAUCCAGAUGACACCUCCGUUCAGUGGGAGCUGCCCCAGGUUCCUGUCCCUGCCCCUCGAAGCAUCUGCAGAUCCAGCCAGGAGAGUGAGGCCCCAGCCCCGGCCAGCCCCCCUGAGGAGAAGAUCAAGACCCUGGACAAGGCCGGCGUGCUCCAUCGCACCAAGACCGUAGACAAAGGAAAGCGGCUCCGGAAGAAGCACUGGAGUACCUCCUGGACCGUGCUGGAGGGCGGCGUCCUGACAUUCUUCAAGGACUCCAAGGCCUCAGCUGCAGGCGGCCUGAGGCAGCCUCCCAAGCUCUCCACCCCCGAGUACACAGUGGAUCUGAGGGGGGCCUCUCUCUCCUGGGCCCCCAAAGACAAAUCUAGCAGGAAGAAUGUGCUGGAGCUGCGGAGCCGAGAUGGCUCAGAGUACCUGAUCCAGCACGACUCGGAGGCCAUCAUCAGCACCUGGCACAAGGCCAUUGGCGACGGCAUCCAGGAGCUGUCUGCAGACUUGCCCCCGGAGGAGGAAAGCGAGAGCAGCAUCGCGGACUUCGGGUCCAGGGAGCGCCUGGGAAGCUGGUGGGAGGGUGAGGCGCGGCCCACUGCACGCGCAGCCACCCCGGAGGGCGACUUGAGCAAGGUCCGGCACAAGCUCCGCAAGUUCCUGCUGAAGCGGCCCACACUGCAGUCGCUGCGGGAGAAGGGCUACAUCAAGGACCAGGUGUUCGGCUGCGCGCUGGCCGCGCUGUGUGAGCGCGAGAGGAGCCCGGUGCCGCGCUUCGUGCAGCAGUGCAUCCGCACGGUCGAGGCCCGGGGGCUGGACAUCGACGGCCUGUACCGAAUCAGUGGAAACCUGGCCACCAUCCAGAAGCUGCGCUAUAAGGUGGACCACGACGAGCACCUCGACCUGGAGGACGGGCGCUGGGAGGACGUCCACGUGAUCACCGGCGCCCUGAAGCUCUUCUUCCGAGAGCUGCCGGAGCCCCUCUUUCCCUUCUCGCACUUCCGCCAGUUCAUCGCUGCCAUCAAGCUGCAGGACCAGGCCCAGCGCAGCCGCUUAGUGCGGGACCUGGUGCGCACGCUGCCCGCCCCCAACCACGACACGCUGCGGCUGCUCUUUCAGCACCUGUGCCGGGUGAUCGAGCAUGGCGAUCAGAACCGCAUGUCGGUGCAGAGCGUGGCCAUAGUGUUCGGGCCCACGCUGCUGAGGCCCGAGACCGAGGAAACCAGCAUGCCCAUGACCAUGGUGUUCCAGAAUCAGGUGGUGGAGCUCAUCCUGCAGCGGUGUUCAGACAUCUUCCCGCCGCACUGACAGCCGGCCCGCCGUCGCUCCCGCCGCUGGCGCUGCGGACCUGGGACUGGGGGCCGCCACAGCGGUCCCACCCUAGAAGCCGGACGGUUGCAGGCCGCCUGGCUGAACUCAUCCGUGAGACCCCCCGCCUCCCACGGGUCCGCAGGCAGAUGUGAAAUCUGCACCGCUGGGUGCAGGGUGGUGACCCCUGGUGGGCAGUUUGCAAAAUGUGAUUUUUUUUUCCCCCCUGACCUGUCCUGUUUGGGGCUUCUUUGGGUUGAGUUCUUUAUCACAUAGUCACCUACUCUGUGUGUGUGUGUGUGUGUAUGUGUGUGUGUGUGUGUGUGUGUGUGUGAGAGAGAGAGAGAGAGAGAGAGAGAGAAUAUGUGGGGGUGAGAGUUUGUUUUCCCAGAUGGUCCAUGCCCGGAGGAGGAGUUGGAGUGAGGGACUUCUCAGUUUCUUGGGGCUUGCACCUGCUCAGGCCUUCAAGUUCACCCUCCCAGUGGGGCCGCCGCCCUGUAUGGGUCAGGAAGCAGCACGCUUCUUCCUUCCUUCUCUGCUGCCCUGCUUUGCCUCGGGCGCAGCUCCUGCCUGACUCUCAGUGGCUGACUGUGGGCCACGGUGCGCUUCCCUGUUUCAGGCCUCCGCCCUCCCUUGAUUCACUGUGUCCGGAGCCAGGGUUCUUCAUCUUCACGAAGCAUGUACCCGGCGCUGGCCACUUGCCAUGCACCAUUCCCACGCACAGUCCUGUUUCACAAAUGAAGAAACUGAGGCAGAGGCAAAGUGACUUGUUCCGGGUCCCGCGGGUGAUCGGCCAGACUGCCCAGCUCAGGCUCCUGGGAGGCCCUUUCAACUCUCCCUCUCCUCCAAGCCCCAUCAUGGGCUUAUGGGGAAAGCAAAAGAACUGAAAGUAGGUUCUAUCUGGGCCUGGGGAGAUCUUGAGGGCAGAAGGAAACCCGCCUCAGCUGGGGGGAGGGGAGGUAGCCCUGUCAGCGGCCCUCAGCCCCUCUCAGCACCCCUCCCUGGCCCCCACCUGGUCAUAAAGAGCUGGGGGAGGCCUACAGGGUGGGGGGAAGGAGGGUACAACCUCUGGGAAGGAGGUGUGCACCCCAGAGCAGCAAUGCCCUCUCCCUCUAUGGGUCUCGGCCCCGCUGCCCCAGCUCUGCUCAUUUCUUCUACAAGCAAUAAGCACUGAUAUUUAUUGACAUUUGCGCCACGCCAAGCAUUUCACUUGGAUCAUCUCAGUUUCUCACAGUCAAUAUUUAUUAUCUGCUCCUCCGUGCGGGACGCCGGGCGCUGGGGCGGGGGGGCCACACACGCCACCUCUCUGGUCCCAGCACCUGGUCCGUGGCUGACACAAGCUCCCCCCACCACGUGCCCUCAGGGCCAGGACAAGAAUGCCAAUGGAGGCCUCACACCAGGUGUCGAAAUAUUGUAAAGUUCCAAGUCAAGAUAUAAGUAUUCAAUAAAAAUAUGUUCUAUUCUCCUACUUUGGCAAAUACACGUUCAUACUGACCCACAGGACCAGGUUCUGCUUUAAA